AGGCAAAAGCAUUAUCAUUAUGUAUUGAUAGUCGAUCCUCAAUUAGAACGCGGGUCGUGGAGGCAUGGCGUAGUGAGUGCGGCCCAUGCCGGCGAGGACGGCAGAGUGCGUUGCGUUGAUGUGCGAAUGCGCACGGGCGUGUUAAAGCGUCCAGUUACUAGAGUAACAUUGCUUGAUGUAUAAGUAUGGAGUGCUGAGGAGUCAGCACUAGGGGGCGGUGUUGACGAUGGAAUUUAAAAGCCUUCACAAUAUAUUAUGUAAUUUAACUUAACUAAAUUGUAGCACUGUAUUUUUUUUAUUUUCUUUGUAUUAAUGUUUAUUAUGUUAUAUUCUACAUCAUUUCAAUAACUACUAUUUGUUAUCUGUAAACUACUAACUUAUACCAAGGUAGAUGAAAAUAUAGUUGGUAGUUUUUGAAUAUUAAAAAUAAAGUGAAUUUGGAGGGUGGUCGGCUCUGGGCAGUCGAAUGUCGUCCGUCGAACGUACAGUGCGCACCCAUAUUGAAAAUAAUGUGUUUCAUUUUGCUGCAUCGCCGCCAUCCGUUAUACACAGAGAUAUUGUGACUACUAUUUCGAAGUUAUCAAAAGAGUGUGUGUUAAGAUUGUCAAGUGAGAAGAUCUAUUUUAUAGUGAAUGAUGAUUCAAGUGGCCCUGCUCCUCCUGUACUUUGGUGUGAAAUACCACAGAUGAUGUUCUUUUCUGAAUAUCAAUUAAUAGGGGUAGAUGAUGAACACAAAGAUAUAUACUUAGGAUUCAGUUCAGUGAAUUUAUCAAGACCUCUAGUGACACUAAAAUCAGCUAAAUCUUUAAAGAUGAAAUUAACCAAGAAACAAUGUCCAUGUUUAACAUUAGAAAUUGAAUCGGCAUCAUCAACAUCACAACAAAUGAGACAGGUGACCCAUGAUAUACCAGCCAUUGUUAUACCAAGAAAAUGUUGGUCAGAUUUCUAUGAACCACAAGUGCCAAAGCCUGAUAUAUCAAUAGAGUUGCCAUCAUUAAAACAACUACGAACGACAAUUGAUCGUAUGAGGACGAUGUCUUCCGAUGUUGUGAUCCGAGCCUCCGCUGAAGGCAGACUAACAUUGCAAAUUAAAACAGACACAGCUAAAGUGUCUACUAGAUUUAAAGGAUUAACAGUUGAAGCUUUUGAAGGUCCCAUCGAGCAUUCAGAUUCUGAAUCCGAGACUCAAAUAAACGAGGAUCAAUCCAGAUUAUGUGUGUGUAGGGUAGACGCAAAAAAAUUGUCAAUGUUCCUAAAUGCAGACCAGAUAUCACAUAACCGUGUCACUUGCAAUGUAGUACAUAAACGUCUUGUCACACUCUGUUUACGGACAGAUGAGAAUGUACAUUUACAGUGUUAUAUAACUGGGAUUGUUUAUUAAAAUUAUUUUUUGUUUUUUUA